UCGUUGAAUCUGUUUAUAAUUAUAGUGAUGUUAUGAUACAUAAAUCGAAUAACGCUGCUCGGCAGGCAAGGAAAAGAAGAAAAGGGAAAGAGACCAACAACUUGAAUCAAGCCUACCCAAUGAGAAGCCGCAGAGGAACAGGCUUCCCCUCAGCUUGCCCUCAGCCCGUUGCUGUUUCUCAAUGCUCUAACAUCACGCCACUAAUCGUUGAUGUAACACUUCCCCUUCUCCUGAGUACGAUCGUAAGUGUGUCACUGCACAGAGGUUGGCAGUCCGACAAACUCACUCAAUAUCACAAAAAACCCACUAGAUUAGAAUGCGAGGGGUUGGUUCAGAAUGUUCAAGCUUUUGAUUCACUCACUUUUUUCCACUUUUGA